CCUGCAGUCGAUAUCGCUCGAUAAAUGGAGGGGCCCAAGAUACGUAUUCUUGUUGAUGUCCCGGCAGUUUCAGGACGCCCGCAAGGGCGUCUGGUGAUUCCGAUAGCAUCAACGCACACGGUGGGCCAGCUUGCCGAGGAGAUCGUGCGCCGGAGAGGAUUGGGCCGAGAGAUAGCAUCCCAGAUUUCGCUGGCCCUUCCCGAUGGAUCUCAGCUCUUUCCUGAAGACCAGGUGGGGGAUGUGAUCCACGCUGAGGAAGUCAUACGUGCAUAUAUCGGGUCAGAGCCCCCAGUUCUGGUUUCACCUCCUCCUGCAUCCGCCGUCGUUGAUGGGAAUGUGGCGCGCACAAAUUCCAACAAUAUCGGAAGAAAGAAGAAUGGAAAUCGCAACAAGAGAAAGUCAAAGGCUUUGCAGCAAGUGCACGCACAACCUACCAGCUCCGCCACCGUCGACAACCCGCCACCUUCCAGGAAACGUGUGAAGAUAGCCGUUGUAACCCCGGAGCUUGCUCGCAACGAUAGGAAUGAUGGGAAUGAGGAGGUGGGAAAGCUCAUGGCAUUCCAGGGUAGUUCCGUUAGUGUCGAUUUGCCCAUGGGUGAAGUGCGCAGAGAGAUCGCCCGGACUCUGGGCUGGCUUGAGAACUAUCCUAUUGCAGCAGAUUAUCACGAGAAUCAAAGUGCGGAAGAAGAGAAGAUUCGAGGGUCAUGUGCAUGCACCGUGGCGAAUCAGAUCUAUUUAGAAGGCCGUUUCGAGCAGCUUCAUUGCUCCAGGGAGAUCAACGGUCAGCGAUGUUUUUUUCAAUGUCGUUAUUCCCAUGCUGCCCUCGGUGACGGAAUACUCCGCAACUCUCUGUCUGAUCUGGCAAGUAUGGAGUGUCCAAUUUGCAUGGAAUUAUUCGGAUUCCCUUGUGAGAAAUGCAUUAUCAAAGCCGGUGAAGAUAAAAGCGCCGCUUCUGGUGCUGAGAAUAUCAGACAUUGUCCUUUGGUGCAGAAUGCCGGGUGCAAGCACAUCUUUCAUGCACAUUGCUAUUUUGCCCGAACAUCAUCCACUCAGGGAUGUCCCGCUGGAUGCCCGAGAUCGUCAUUCUCAGCAGAGGCCGUCCCGUUCGAUAUGCGAAAGCCUCACUUAGUCGUUGUGUAUUCGGGAUCGGUAAUUGAUACGGUCCCGCUGCCUGAACGCUACACGAAUGCAACAGACGAGAUGAUAAAUCUUGAUGAGUCUGAGUUGCUUGCCAUCCUUACUAAUAAGUAUGCACACUUCGGCCAUGGGCUCAGCGUCAGAAUGUUUGGCAGGGCAAACACCGGAGUGGUGUCGUUCCGACACUCGACAAUCGUGUCCAUUUGCUGUGCUUCUCGUCAUGACGAGCCAGAUGGAAUACGUCGCUUCGAGCUAAAUGGCCCCUACCGCCCCGUGACUCGAUCACAAGCUUCACUCUACUUACACACUGCGUCGUCGCCAAUAUUCAACCAGUCAUCUGCUGUUUCCAUCGAAGAUCUGGGCCUGGAUUCUGAGAUUCCAAAUGGUGGCCAGCUCACGCUGUACGUCACAAGAGGGACUAAAAAUGAGGAACCGGACGGGAAGAGAGUCGGAAAGGCGGCAGUGUACACGUACCGAGAGGAAUGGCAACCAUCCGUUGGGCAAAGUGAUCGCGGCAUGGCAACGUUCUUAUCUUCUUUGCUAGUCUUCGCUAAUUAUCUAUCCACCGCGGAUCAGAAUACAGAGCAGCAGAAUAUGAAGCACAGAAUGCUUCAUCACCUCCUUGCUUUGACGUGCUUUCCUCCCGCGGUCCGGUCGUUGUACAUCUUGAUACAGAAUGAGACGGUACAACCAGAAGAAAUGCGAGCAUUAUCAGACACAAUGUAUCACCUUGCAUUAGAUGUCGCGCAUCCGCAGAUCACCAAAGGUGAUACCUCAAGAGUAUUCGAAGGUGCUCGAAUAAUGUUCGGGGUUCUUAUCGAACGUACCAAACGAAUCUUCACCCUGCCGCAACAUGAUCAAGAGAUUUCCACAAUUCCUGUCUUCCAGGAUGUCACCCUUGCCUGCGAGCUAUCUGGAGAGCCGUUGAGGGAUCCCGUAGCCUUUGGAGGUCGGAUAGUUGAGCGCAAUGCAGCCAACGUCAGGCAACAAGGAGGUGCUCUAUAUAAUCCCUCAGAGCCUAUUCCGGUGAUCGAGCCGGCCUUGCCAAGCUUGCGGCCGCUAAUCCUCCAAAUCGCGCGAAGGUCGCUGAAGCUCCCAGUGCUCAAUAAGGCAAUCCCACGCGUUACAGUCCUGUCUCGAAGGCUCAAUAGCUUGCAUUUGGCCGCUGCCAUCGACAUGGCCAAUGUCGAGUUGCAGAUUCAUGCGCCUCUGAGCUUGCAUCCUCCUGUGACUACACCCUCAUUAACGCUGGACCAGGCGGGGUAUAACGCUGUGUACGUUUCACGUGGCGGACCAUGUUCGCCUCCAGGCGAGGAUGUUUUUCUCUUGAGACCAUGUCAUGGAGGAGAGGUUGGAGUUGACGUUAAUACACUCGCUGUCGGCCUGCAGCCAAUCAUUGAGGCGCGCAAACGGGCAGGUGAAUGGGACAUUGAUGCCUUUGGCAGUGCCAGGAUGGAUCGUGUUGACACCAGGGACAUCGAGGAAGCCAUUGUGGUCGCCUUAGAUAUAUCUCGUUCUAUGGAAGAAAACUUCAAUCCGGAUGACGAUUUCGAAGAGCAGAAUGAUCCAGAUGAAGCUGCUUUGAAAUAUGUUCGCGAACAAAUUGCCGCACGGCAAGGUAGAGGAGAAAUACAAGCUGCUCUGACUCGAGCGAAGGAGCAUCUCAUCAACUUGGAUUGUAUGCCUAGCAUCGUCCGGCAUGUCUAUCAUGGACAGGUUGCGACACAGAGGUCUUGGUGGGGUAACGACAAUAACAUCUCCAGGAGAGAAAGAGUUGAAGCAGUCAUUGAUGAGCUAAAGGUUUUGUACAUUCGUCAACACUGGCAGAUGAGCCAGUCCGGUAACAAUUGUGCCACGUCGAUGUUGCAUAUCUUGGAAGACUUCAUCGCCGCGACGGAAUAUCCUGCUAUGAAAGACCAGCUUGUCGAGCAUCUGAUGAAACAGGCAGCCACUGCUCGUGAAGUCUCUAGUGUUCGCACUGCACGUAAUAUACCGAUGAAUCUAAUUGACCCGUUGAGUGGCGAAAUCUUCCGGGAUCCUGUCCAAGCAAGCGAUGGACUCGUCUACGAGCGUAGCAGUAUAGAGGCAUGGCUCAAGGCUCACAAUACCUCACCAAUGGACCCGACGGUGGAACUGAACCGUGGUUACGACUUGAUGCCAAUGAGAAGCAUCCAACGGUCUGCUCUUGAUUUCAGGAAUGGGAGGCCGCGGGCUUUCUUGCAACCACAAAAGCCGCUCCUCGUGAAGAUCCGCCAUUAUAGUCAAGAAUAUCUGUACAUUGCACAUCCGCGACCGAAAUCAUUGCUCUCUAUCUUGCUGGACGAGUGGUCUUUCUGGGACCGUAAACCAUCUUCAACGAGAAUGUGGCACGGACUGAAGGAUUAUGGUGACGGCAGCAUGCGUGGCAGUGCUCUCAUGCCUCAGACCCUGACCUCCAGUCUAAGUUCCGAAACGGAACAAAUAGCGGGUAAAUUGCCAGCCGAUUCGCUGACUUUGGAUCGCCGCGCAUGGCAUCAUAUAGCCUCAGGUUCAGAGCGGCUCCGCGCGGAUUCCCGAUCACUGAGCAGAUUAGACAUUGUCAAACAAGCAUUCGAAGCUUUCGUCGACAAGUCGGAGGCAUUCAAUUAUCCGGUGGCCAUAGGGAUAGUCACAUUCGGAAAAGAAGUUCGUGAAGUCCAACCGAUUACGCUCCUCAAAGAAGAGUUCCGCAAUACACUUCAAAAUGUCAAAGCCGACGGCGACACACCUCUUUUCGACAGUCUUCAUGUCGCACAUACUAUGCUGGAAAGGUUCAAGGCGGAGCAUCCUUCCGCCGCAUCGAGAAUUAUCUGUUUGACGGACGGAGUGGAUGUCAAUUCGAAGAUUAAAAGUCACGUCGUUACUGCCCAACUGCAGAGGUCCAACGUUAUUGUUGAUUCCAUCGCGAUGCAAACCGGCGGACUCAGGAACAUUCUGCAUCCUAUAUCUGUGGUCACUGGAGGAUACUCCUUCAAGGUUGACACGCUCGAGAAUGCCUUGAAUAUCGUUGCACUCGAAACUGUUCUUUGGUCCAAGGAUCGGGUUCCGCGACCUCCCAAGCCCGUCGUGAGUCAGCCAUGGCAGCUUAUGAAGUAUAACGACACGUGGACAUAUCCUGUGGACGUUGUGACCGCUGAAACAUGCCCUCAACGCAAGCCACAUGCUCGCCUUCACGAGCCGCUGCGAGCCGCGCAGAAAGCUGCAGCACGGAGCAUUCCGCCGUCGACUGACAGACAACGGCGUCUUAUGCAGGAAAUUCGCAACAUUGUUAACUCACCACAUCCGGCAAUUGACAUCUAUGCUGGCGAUGAUCUGGCGUUCUGGAAGGUUGUCAUAGAGGCUCCUCAUGGGUCCCCUUACGACGGCGGUACAUUUUUGGCGUACGUUGAUUUCGGCGAGAGCUAUCCUCAGGUGGCUCCGGAAAUUCGAUUCAUAACUCCUAUUCUGCACCCCAACAUCAAUCGUCACGGGAAAGUGUGCCAUGCUGCAUUGGACAGAGGCUGGCUUGUCGACAUGACAAUGAGCGUCAUCUUGCAGAUUCUCUACGGCCUCCUGCUAACCCCUGAUACGGAUAACCCACUGGAUUUGCAUGCAACGAUGGAGUACAAUGAUGACACCGGUCAACACGCUCUGAAGGUUCAUGAGAUGGUGAGAAAACACGCCUCGAAAACAAGGCGAGACUGGCGGAACGAAUUAGGUGGAGGUAAUUGAUCUUUGACCAGCUCGCGCUGUAAGGUCCCUGUAGGAAGCACGAUUGAGAAGUUCGGUAUUUCUUUCGUUAGCGUGCAUCAUGUAUUUCGAAAUCCUGUUAAUAUUUAGUAAAGCUUGGAAGCCUCCCCG